GAAUGGAUCUUACAAGUAUAAAUUCCGCUGAUAUUCCACAAGUGCCAGCAACUGCGGCCAACUGUUUCACCUGCCUUGGCCCAUCGCGAGAAUCGUUACCGAUUGUUAGUGAGGACUGUGAUGAUGAUUCGUUUGCCGUGCUGGAACUUAUGUUGAUGCAUUUCUGGUUUCAACGUGAUGACUUCCGAGCGGAUCAAGUAGUGUGCCGGUCCUGUUGGACCCAGCUGAAGGUUUUUCAUCGGUUCUAUUUGGAAGUUAAACGAAACCACGAGCUGCUCGCAGCUUCUUCGGUGGAACCGGCAGACGUUAUUAAACAAGAGCAAAAUGACCAAAACGAGGUGGAAACCUCGUCGCAAACGCCAAUAACUGCUGAACCGCAAGUCUGCCAUCAGGAUGAUGAUUUGAAAUCCGAAUGUCCUUCCGAAGGUGGUGGUGAUGAUAUAACUCCCAUUCGGACGGAAAGUGAAUCAGAAUCGGAAGUCAGUUCAGUCGAGCUUAUCAAAAAGAAACGGAAAGGGGUUAAACGAAAAGCCACUGGGAAACCUGCCAUCAAGCGGGAACGUAAAACGAUCACUUACAAGGUUAAGACAGCGAAACAACUAGCGGAAGAGGAUGAGAUCAUCAAGACGCACGUCCAGUACACCUGCGAGUUGUGCGCUGUUAUUAGUCCAACUUUUACCGGUUUUCAAAGGCAUGUUAAAAACAGCCACCCUGGCAAUAAAGCUUUCAUCGUCUGCUGUGAACGGAGAUAUUAUCGGAAGAACAACCUGCUGGAACACGUCCAACAGCUGGGACGGAAGGACAUGUUCAAGUGUGAUGUUUGCUUUAAAAGUUUCAUCAACACCCACGGGGUGAGGAGACACAAGCAGCUGAUGCACUUGCCGGAUCACAUCAAAAUCUACCGCUGCGAACGAUGCCCGAAGCGGUUCGCCAAACAGACCCAUCUGGCCGUGCAUUUGAAGCAUCACGAAAAUCUGGAUAACGAAAUCGCUAAGUGUUCGGAGUGUGGAAGAACAUUUCCAUCGGAAGCCGUGCUGAAGCAGCACGUCAAGAUUCGCCAUACCCGCCCGACGGACUUCAUCUGCGAUGUGUGCGCCAAAGGGUUCUACUCGGAGGCGGAGUUUCUGCGGCACAAAAUCGAACACGAGAAUCCGGCGGAUUUGCGCGUACAGUGCGACAUCUGCCAGCUGUGGUUCCGCAGCCGGAUUCAUCUGAACGACCACAAGCGACGGCACCGGCAGCCGCCGGUAACGUGCGAUCUGUGCGGGCACGUUUCACCGAACAAGAAAGCCAUGGCUAGCCACAGGCGGCUCCGCCACGGGCAGUCCAGUCUGAUCUGCCAGGAAUGUGGGAAGGCAUUUAAACGGCCGAUCACCUUGCGGGAGCACAUGGCAUCGCACACCGGUGCCGCUCUGUACACUUGCAACUUUUGCGAGCGGACGUUCAAUUCCAGUGCUAAUAUGUUUUCGCAUCGCAAAAAGAUGCACCCCCAGGAGUGGCUUAAGCUCCGGAGCGCUCAGCUAGCGGAACGGCACGGCGUGAGUGGGACAAGUGAGCGCAGCUAG